UUUAUAUUUUUCCUCUUUCAGAUUUAGCCACUGUCUCGUGUGGAUCGUGUCUGUGAACGUGCGCUCAAAAAAUCAAACUCAAAAUGGCAAAGAACGGCGGAAAACUCCCAUACAAAGUUGCUGACAUCUCCUUGGCGGAGUUCGGCCGCAAGGAGCUCGAGCUUGCCGAGUAUGAGAUGCCAGGACUUAUGCAGAUGCGCAAGAAGUACGGUCCCACCAAGCCCCUGAAGGGAGCACGCAUCGCUGGCUGCCUCCACAUGACCAUCCAGACCGCCGUGCUCAUCGAGACACUCACAGAGCUCGGAGCAGAGGUCCAGUGGUCCAGCUGCAACAUCUUCUCCACCCAAGACCAUGCGGCAGCCGCCAUUGCCGUAACGGGUGUGCCCGUGUACGCCUGGAAGGGCGAGACCGAUGAGGAGUACAUCUGGUGCGUUGACCAGACCAUCUUCUUCGCCGACGGGAAGCCACUGAACAUGAUCCUUGAUGACGGUGGUGACUUGACCAAUCUGGUUCACGAGAAGUACCCAGAACUCCUGGCAGGAGUGAAAGGUCUGUCUGAGGAGACCACAACUGGUGUGCACAACCUGUACAAGAUGAUGAAGGAAAAUAAACUCAAAGUCCCCGCCAUCAACGUCAACGAUUCAGUCACCAAGAGCAAGUUCGACAACCUGUACGGCUGCCGUGAGUCACUGGUCGAUGGUAUCAAGAGGGCGACUGACAUCAUGCUCGCUGGGAAAUGUUGCGUCGUUGCCGGCUACGGUGACGUAGGAAAAGGCAGCGCCCAGUCGUUGAGGGCCUUCGGAGCCAGAGUUCUUAUCACAGAGAUUGAUCCCAUCAUUGCACUCCAAGCUGCCAUGGAAGGUUACGAGGUUACCACAAUGGAAGAUGCCUGCACGAGGGCCAGCAUCUUCGUCACGGCAACAGGAUGCGCCAACAUCAUCACCGAGGAGCACUUCCCCAAGAUGAGGGAGAAUGCCAUCAUCUGCAACAUCGGUCACUUUGACUGUGAGCUGGACCUGCAGUGGCUGGAAUUAAAUGCCAAGAAGGUCAACAUCAAGCCACAGGUUGAUCGCUUCACUCUGCCCAACGGCCGCCAUUUGAUCGUCCUCGCUGAGGGUCGUCUGGUCAACCUUGGCUGUGCCAUGGGACAUCCCAGCUUUGUCAUGUCUAACUCUUUCACCAAUCAAGUCCUCGCCCAGAUCGAGCUGUGGACUAAGACCGCCGACUACCCCCUUGGCGUCUACGUGCUGCCCAAGAAGCUGGAUGAGGAGGUUGCCCGUCUUCACUUGGAACAUGUUGAUGUCAAGCUGACCACGCUCAAACCCAAACAGGCUGAGUACCUCAGCAUGCCGGUUGAUGGACCCUACAAGCCCGAUCACUACCGUUACUAAAUGACCGAUCGAAACGCCUUGAUGUAACACACAGCUUCAUACUUAAAACAUUUACUCAGAAAGAAAGAGCCUGGGGGGGGGGGGGUGAAGUAUCGUUGAUUCCUAGUUGACGUUGACUAACUAAAAAAUGUAAUGCAUUAUCACAAACAAUUUAAAAUUGUUCCAUAAAGAUUUGAGUUUAGAGGCUUUUAAAGGUACACAAGAUGGUAAUAAUAUUUUAAAGGUGCACUGUUGCUGCCCUUAACUGAACAAAAAAUGUGGGCUUCAAAUUUUGUUUUAACUUUGUGAGCCCGUGGCAUUACAUUAUGAGAUGAGCAUGUCAAAUGCAAAUUGUUAUGUAAAACUAGGUCAGCGCAUCACCUUCAAUGUAUUAAUUACCUGGACUUAUUUUGUUUAUCCUAGGUAGUUUUGUGUACUCUUUGGUGUAGAGUUAAAAGGGAAAAUUUUAAUCAGACUUUGUGAAAUUUGUUGCUUUUUCCUUUCUCUCUGAGUCACUUAUAUCUACUAGGCUCUUAGUUUCAAUUCAAUUCCGGCAGUUUUAAGGAAUUUUAGUGAUGGAGGAGGUGGGACAUCCAGAGGGUGGUAGAAAAUAUCCAUGCUGCCUGAUAACUUCAUGUUGAGGCAUUUAUAAUUUUCUCUUGGGAAAAUGUACCGUUUGUUGGCUGUGGUUUUAAAAGCUUGUCAUAUUAUUUGUUCCCUCUGAAUUGAUUUGAAAUCAAGUUACCUAAUUACUUUGUUUUAAGUUGAAGGACCUUUUACCUGGUUCGUUUUUGUAGCAGUAAAUAUUAUGGCGUUGUAUUUGAUGCAAUGUUUUAAAAUCAGCAAGUUUGACCAAUUAUGAGAUCUUGGAGGGACGAAUUUGUUGUACGAAUUCUACAAUUGCGGAAUAAACUGUAAUUGCAUUGGAGUUUGUGCAACUGAAA